UUCCAACUUCAAUCCCGAUACGUCUCUAUAAAUGCAUCCCCUUUUCUAUGGAGCCUCACCACCACAUAUAACCACAGCCAAACAAAAAUCUCUAUCCAUCGCACAAAUUCUCUCAACUCAGGUACCAAAUGGAGCCUUUCCCAUUACUCGUUCUUCUCAUAAUACAAGCAGGGAUUAGUUGCUAUGCCCGGAACAAUCACCUGUGUGCCCCUUCAGCGUGCGGCGAGGUCGGUAACAUACGCUAUCCCUUUCGAUUGAAGGACGACCCGAAAGGCUGCGGCGACUCGGGGUUCGAGUUAGCGUGCGAAGAUAACCGCACGGUGCUAUCUUUGUUUGAUGGCCGAUAUCAUGUGAAAUCGAUAAACCCCUGGAACUUCGGGGGUUCCAUUGAUUGGGAUUUCGGGCAGAUAGAGGUGGUCGAUGUCGGGCUGCAAAAGAGCAACUGUUCCUCCCUUCCUCUCCACCAGUUAAUGAGAUCUAAUUUCAGUGGUGAAGACGAUGAACAUUACUACAUCUCCUAUAGAACCAGUGUGACCAUUGUGUCUUGCUCAAAGCAAGUGAGAUCUCCUAUAUAUCCUUUAUAUAUCGCCACCGAACCAUGUAUAGCUAUAAACGGGUUUUAUUCAUAUGCCGUCAUCGAUGCAGAGGCAUCAGAUAUUGAGGAUUUUUGCACCAUAACCACGUCAACAUGGGCAGCAGAUUAUUUGUGGGAAUUAGAAUAUUUACAGGAGAAAAGAGCACCAUGGUUCAGGGAGAAUCGCCCGAUCUCCUACAACGACAUCCACAAUGCGAUGACCGACGGGUUUAAUCUCUACUAUGAUGCGUGGCCGCAGAUGACAUUUCUUUUUUGCUUCUUAGGCUUCCGAUACGGAGGGCAACGAUGCAUAUCCUACUACUCCUACAAGUCUUCAUGGGCUACGAGGCUAAAUGUCGCACUGAAUACAAUUCCUAAUGUCGGCUUUGUCUUCGCUCACUUCCUGGCAGCAAAAUUCAUAUUAGGAGCUCCAUGUGUGUUGAUACUUCUAAUCUAUAAGUGGAGGAGAAGGCACCAAGCAAUGGACGCAAACAUCGAAGAAUUUCUACAAGCUCACAACAACUUUUUACCCAUAAGAUACUCUUACUCGGAUAUCAAGAAGAUCACAAAAAAUUUCAAAGACAAGUUGGGUGAAGGAGGAUAUGGGUGUGUAUAUAGAGGAAUACUUAGAAGUGGCAAUGAAGUUGCGGUUAAGAUUUUGAACAAACCAAAAUCUAAUGGCCAAGAUUUUAUAAGCGAAGUGGCCACAAUUGGAAGGAUUCACCAUAUUAAUGUGGUGCACCUUGUUGGUUUUUGCUUCGAUUGCUCCAAACAAGCUCUGGUCUAUGAUUUCAUGUCGAAUGGAUCUUUGGAUAAGCACAUUUUCUAUAAAGAUGGAGAAAAUUCUCUUGAUCAUAAGAAAAUUUAUGAGAUCUCACUUGGCAUAGCUAGAGGGAUAAAAUAUCUACAUCGGGGAUGUGACAUGCAAAUUCUACACUUUGACAUCAAGCCUCACAAUAUUCUCCUCGACCAGAAUUUCACUCCGAAAAUUUCUGACUUUGGACUUGCAAGACCUUUUCCCACUGAUCGUAGCAUAGUAUCGUUGACUGCAGUAAGAGGAACCUUGGGAUAUAUGGCGCCUGAGCUAUUCUAUAAGGACAUUGGUGGUGUUUCUCAUAAAGUUGAUGUUUAUAGUUUUGGGAUGAUGUUGAUGGAAAUGGCAGGUAGAAGGAGAAAUGUAAAUGCAAAUGCAGAGGACAGUCAAAUUUAUUUUCCUUUGUGGAUUUAUGAUCAACUCAGCAAAGAAAAGGAGGAUGAUAUCAUAGAUAGGAUAGAAGAGGAACGAGAGACAAUGAGGAAGAUGAUAAUUGUUGCUCUUUGGUGUAUACAAUUGAGCCCUAGUGAUCGACCAUCGAUGAGUCGGGUCCUCAAUAUGCUAGAAGGAGAGGUCAAUAACCUACAACUUCCCCCGAAACCACAUUUGUAUCCGAUUGAGACGCCAGUUGAUGAUGUGGAGACUGAGAUUGAACUUGAAUCUUCUUCCAGUGUUCCAAUAAUUUCUAGUAGUUACCGACAUGAGGACAAUAACAAGAGCACGGAAUUUUGCUUUGUGUGAUGUUUUCUCUCUUGUAGAAAUUAAAUCCAAAAUAAAAGUAGUACUAUCAUUUGUACUUGA